AUGUCAGCAUCCAAUGAUGGAUUGUUACAGAAGUGGUUGGAGCAGAGUGCCAAUGCAGGAACUGCUGGUCCGGGGACUCCGGAUCCUGCGCAGAGGGCCAAGGAAAUUACCGACAAGUUGAAGAAUGAUUUUCAGGAUGCAUGGGAUAAAUUGAAGACUUCUCUGUCGAAGGGGGAAGCGUCGGAAAUAACGAAGCUCUGUCAUAAGCAGGUGAAAUGGAAUACGGAUCCAAGGCCAGGGGGCAAUGAGUCAUUUGAGAGGGAAUAUAAGAAGGAUCUAUGUGCUGGUUUAAUGGGUAUUCGCUAUUUUAUGAGUGGUAUAACGGAAUUGGGAGGGAACACGAGGGAUGCGAAGAUCGAAGAGAACCUCCCCGAAGAUAAGUGGUUUGCUCGUUGUACCGUCGGUAUGCUUGCCUUAUCCGAAAUCUACGGAGAUCAUUGUAAAUUAAAUGAAGUUAUAGAACAAAUAUCGGACAGGGUGGAAUGGACUUUAGCGCAGCGCUUGAAGGGUCAUAUGUACAUGAUGAAGAAAUGUGAAGGAAAAGUGGAUGCAAUCGAUUUAUUUAUUGGUAGAACAAUUCUUCAGGAUCAAAUCCGAAAUUGGGCAGAGGGAAAAAGGGCGAGUGGUACGAGGUCUGGGGCCUGGAGAGUAGGGACACUGUGGGGCAACAGGUGGAAACAAGUCUGCAAUGGUGGAAAGGGAACGACGAAGAUGGAGGAUGAAAGGAAAAAGGAAAAUUUGAAGACUAAUGCAAGUAGCAUGACGAAGCUCAUGAAACUGGACAGCAUUCCUGCUGGUAGUAGUCAUGCUGUAUCCAUAGGAGAUAUACUAGUGGAUACAGACAAUAAAUACGCCACCAAGGAAGACACAUUGAGACAAGUAUUUCAGGAUGUAAUGCAAAACGAUAGUUCUGGUCCCCUUAAUAUAGGCCAGGUAAUGGAGAAGUUGAAAAAGGAAACUGAAACAACAACAGCUGAUGUUUGUAUCAAGGGGGAGAAUGAUUUAUGUAAACGCCUAAAAUGUAUGGAGAACUACUUGGAGGCGACUAAGACGAUAACAGGAGCACAGACGACACCAACGAAUACGUUUUGGGAGGACAAUGGCGCAGUGAAGGCACUUUGGGAAGAGUUAGCAGAAGAAAUGAAGAAGACAGAUGGCAAAGCCAAAGACGGAACUCCAAAUGGAUGUGAAGCAUUGCAAAAUCCGUCUGAUAAGACGGCAUGCAAUUAUUUGCAUGCCGGCUUCACCGAACUGUAUACGACGCCGACGCCGGCGGCGUCGUCGUCGGCGACGACGGCGACGCCGUCAGUUUUAAACAACCCAUCGUUUAGACAAACGAUGGGUUGUUUUUUACUUCACGCUUAUGCAAAACACAUGAAAGAAAAAGCAACUUGUCUUAUUGAUGAUGGUAUAAAACAAGCUUUCGACACUGCUGGGCAGGGUAAGAGUGGUAAUGGUGAUAUUCCAUGCAAAUGGGAACAGGAAAAAUAUGACAGUUGCAAUAUUAACAUAAAUGGCGUUGCAGGCCAGGGGGGGAGUGCAAAGGACAAGGUAGAUGCUGUACUGAAAGCUGACAAAGACAACAUAGAUAAAAUGGCAAAGCAAAUAAAUACUGUAACAGACUUAUGUGACCAAGUCAAAUGUGUCACAACCCGAUGGAUGAAGGACAAAGCGAACAAUGGCGGUAACGAUCGUACUUGGAAUGAUGUAUGGGACCAAGUCAAGGAGCAAAUAAAAGAACUCGCCGCAGGAACUACUGAAGAUAAGAAGAGUGCAGUUAGCAGUAUCUGCAGUAAACUUUCGAAGGAUAGUGAUGGAAAGGAGGCUUGCCUCCUUAUAGCAGCAGGAUUAAAGAACCUCUACGACAUCAAGGACGACCAGAACGGUGUCGAUGCCGUUAAGGCAUCGUUCCAAAGAACGAUGCGUUGUGUUCUAUUAAAUGCCAUUGCAGAUAAACUACAAGACGACAAAUUUCCAUGUAAAGAUGAAAAGAAAACGAAGGAGGGGAUAGAGAAGGCAUUUGGACAGAGUGCUACUAUUAUGGGUCAAGGUGAAGGCUGCAGGAAUGGUAAUGUUACGUGUUUUAAGUGUGAGAGGAUGACUUUAGAGAAACUCAAGGAUUGUAAUCUAGACUCCCCGGGCACUACUCAGAAUGUAAAGGAAAAGGUGGAUGAUUUGCUCAAGAACGGAGGUCAGGAUGAAAUGAAGAAAAUUAAGGAUAACGCUAUAAAGGACAUAUGUAA